UAUUCCUCUGUCUCUCAUGGCUCUCAUCCCGUUUUGUGGCUCAGAUUGUUCUCUUGAGUUGACGUUGUUCCUCAUUAGCAUUUGCAUUCACUUCAACGUUUGUGUGAGGGAACGACGGUAGUCCGUUUGUUGAUGUAAAAAUGGCGACUUUCUCUGCGGUUUGCCUCAAUUUGAAGACUGCAGUCUUUGUCUGUCCAAACCCGCAGCGCCGGCAGCUCCCUCCGACAGCCUGCCGGGCCGGCAAGGAGCUGAAGCAGAGGGAGGUGGCUGCUGCUGCUGCUGCGAAAUCUGGGGGCCUCUCACUUAACUCGUUCUUCAAGAAGUGUGAGACGUGUGGCGGGAAACGGGCCAUCGAGUGCCCUGGAUGUAAGGGAACGGGAAAAAACAAGAAGAACGGCAAUAUCUUCGAACGUUGGAAAUGUUUUGACUGCCAAGGAUUUGGUCUCAAGAGCUGCCCUGUCUGCGGACAAGGAGGCCUAACACCUGAACAAAGAGGAGAGAGAUAAUCCUGUUUCAAGUUCAAAAUCUCGAGAACCGCUCAAACUGUAAGAAUGUCACGUUGUAUAGCCCCAAAUAAAAUAUGAAAUCGACGCCAUACAAUUUAUUUAUUAUGAAAUGGAGUCCGUCACUUUUUCGAUCUU